CCGCCUGCUAAAAAUACCCGGCUGGAGACCCAUAAAAGCGCGUCUGGGGCCGCAGCCCCGCACUUCUCCGCGCCCCUGCCCCGCGCACCGCAACCAUGACCGAGCGCCGCGUGCCUUUCUCGCUCCUGCGCAGCCCCAGCUGGGACCCGUUCCGCGACUGGUACCCGGUGCACAGCCGCCUCUUCGACCAGGCCUUCGGGCUGCCGCGGCUGCCCGAGGAGUGGGCGCAGUGGUUCGGCGGCAGCAGCUGGCCAGGCUACGUGCGGCCCCUGCCCGCCGCGGAGGCCCCCGCCGUGGCCGCGCCCGCCUACAGCCGUGCGCUCAGCCGGCAGCUCAGCAGCGGCGUCUCGGAGAUCCGGCACACGGCCGACCGCUGGCGCGUGUCCCUGGACGUGAACCACUUCGCCCCGGAGGAGCUGACGGUCAAGACCAAGGACGGCGUGGUGGAGAUCACGGGCAAACACGAAGAGCGACAGGACGAACACGGCUACAUCUCCCGCUGUUUCACCCGGAAGUACACGCUGCCCCCCGGCGUGGACCCCACGCUGGUCUCCUCCUCGCUGUCCCCUGAGGGUACGCUCACCGUGGAAGCGCCGCUGCCCAAGCCGGCCACGCAGUCGGCGGAGAUCACCAUCCCGGUCACCUUCGAGGCCCGCGCCCAGAUCGGCGGCCCGGAAGCCGGGAAGUCCGAGCAGCCUGCGGCCAAGUAGAGCGCCCUCGCGCGCCGCCCAGCCCCCAGCACCCACCUGCGUGCCCUUUUGAUACUGUUAAGCUUCUGGUCUUCGCAAAUAAAGUUCAAAGCAGCUGCUUG